AUGCUUUUCGUCUCCAAGGCUAUAAAACCAAACUUGUCAUUGAUCUCCUCCCGGUCAGCGGAUUUAAAUCUCCAAUUUAACACAUCUUCACUAAUAAUGGUUGCCGAAAAGAUCACAUGGAAGUCAAUUGAGGGUAAGGAACACCCCACCCUGUCGCCAGGUUUCGUCAGCAACGGACAUGUCUUUACCUCUGGAAUCAUUGGUUCAAACUACGCUACUGGUGAGACGCCUGAAAAAGUGGAAGACCAGGUGCAUCUUGCCAUCAAGAAUUUGGAGGCUGUUUUGAAGGCUGGUGGUUCUUCGCUUGACAAGGUCUUCAAGGUGACGAUGUUCAUCUCGCAUGCCGAAUACUCCAAGGUGGUAAACGAGAUCUAUGGGCAAUACUUUCCCCAAAAGCCAGCCCGUAGUUGUGUGGUUGUUGCCUUUAUGGAUGCUGCUAUCAAGUACGAAUUGGAGGCGAUUGCUACUCUUGAGUAA